AUGCAUCAUGCAACCCAUAAACCAGAACCACACGCUGAUGUUUUUCAUAUGAAAGCAUCAAAUGUCAAUGUGAAAUUUUUUAAAAAUCCAUUAUUCUGUUCAAGUCUACAAGAAUAUUUAUGGAGAGAGUACACUGUUCAAUGUCGGAUAUCAUAUGAAGUCGAAGUCGAUGACGAAAUCGGGAUACCCAUAGAAUUAUCUGGUGCUGAAACAGCUGUAAAGCAUGCUCGUGAUCAUAUAGAAGCUUUAUUUGAAAUGAUACAAACCAAAGUUUACAAUAAUGAAAUUACAGAUAAAAAAGGUUAG